ACGAAGUUUAUGCACGUGUGUAAUUCCCACGUUUUUUGUUCUUCUGUCAUAACAUACCGUUUUUUUUUUUCAACAUUUAAACGUACAAAAUGGAAUUCACGUUGGAAGAUACUCUCGAAGUUCUGAAAGAUACUCAAGCAGAACGACAAAAAGAAAUAGACGAUUUAAUGAAUAUAAUUUUGAAUAAUAAUCCAGUCGCUUUGAACAAUGCUAGUAAUCCCGAGGAUGUGAGAAAAAAGCAACAGAAUUUGUAUCGUAGCCUGUUAUGUCAUGUAAAUCGCGAAAAAGACAAUGAUCUCCCGAUCGUUAGAACUCCUGAUAUGCAUAUUCAAGUUUUGUCGGAACUAGAGGAGGAAAUUGAAGCCUCGCAAAAACUUUUGGAUUAUAUGAAAGCUGAACUUUCUGAAAUUAACGAAGACAUAUCCUGUUUGGAAAGUAAACAGCAGGGAUUGGAGAAAAUGAAAGAAGCUUAUGUCGUUACAGCUGAAACGAAAGCAGGUACAACAUACAUGAAGGAACAAGCUAUAACACACAGAAUGUUUAAGGAAGUAAAAAGUGAUUUGAGCGCUGUGGUAGAUGUGAUAUUCCCAAAAAACCCGGAGUUCAAAUAUUUCUUAGCAGAUUUAGUAUCGUCGUAUAGCAAAGGUGGCAAUAAAUUAUACGUGGAUGUAACACCCAAUGUUUUAUGUUUUGUAAACUUCCUAAUCGGAGCAAACAUUGCUGUGUACCACAGAAAUGACAAAAACAAAGUUAGAUUAACAGAGCCGUUAUAAGACAUGAAUCUACUAUAAAUAUAUACUUAAUAUAUUUCACUUAUUGAUACUUUUUAAAUAAACUUGCAUAGUUAAUUAUA